GUUUUUCCUUUUCCCGCCGAUAUUUACCGAAUUUACACGAAUCUUGUUAUCUUCCGGUGAGCGGUUUAGCCUCGAAGUAUGUAGCAUGUCUAUCUCAGGGAAAAAGACACUAUUGUUGCUGUAAGAAAACAAAAUCCAGGCCAUGAUCUUUAUAUAUGCAGUUGGUAUGCCAACUAAGAAAACGUGACAUUGAGCAGAUUAGCCCGGUCUUACGAUGGAGAACACCACGGCAGCCGUAAAUGGAGGAUGUAACUCUCCCCCUUUCAGACACCAUCUCCCUCAAGUGGCAAACUUAACCAGAAACAGCAAAAUAGCACAGAGUAAAGCUGGAGCAAAGGUAGAAGCAGUCAAAGAUGAGGCAACCCUCCUAGUGGAAGACACUGGAAAAGUCGUGAAGAUGAAUGCUGACCUCAAUCUGGAGAUCUCGGUGGAAAGUGUGCAAGGUGAACAAGACAGACCACUGGUUCAUCCAAAAGAGAGAGCAAAAGCAGAGGCAAGAUCUCAAAUAAAGAUUGAAAAGGAACAAACAGCAAAGCUGGAAAGUCACAAUGAACAAGAAUUACAAACAGGCAAUAACAAGCCUGAAGCUCAAGAGGAGGGGGAUGAAAACAUUGGUACACUGGUAAAGAGAAAAGAUCCCAAACCUAACACACCAGUCAAAAUUAAACAAGUGAAGGAAAAAUCAGGACCUUAUAAAAAUAUAUUUGAAGUGACUUGUGUAGAAGGGAAACGUCAGCGGAAACCCAAAGUCAUGCUCGACGUAGACGAAGAGUCAUUGAAAAGUGCAGAGGCAAAGUCGCCGAAAGUUAUGAGUAGCAAUAAUUUGGAUAGUUUACAGACUGCAGACAUUGAUGUGAACAAAUCGGCAACAUUACUGUCUCCUGUGAUUGAAAAACCAACAGAGUGGCAUAUAGGCGAUCAGCUAUGGGCAAAAGUGGCCGGACAUCCUUGGUGGCCAUGCAUGAUAGCUAAAGACCCGUAUGAAGAUCUUUUUACUAAAAUGAAAGCAAGAAGUAGGCUUUACCAUGUCCACUUCUUCGGAAAUGAAGGUGAGCGAGGAUGGGUAGGGUCAAACUCGAUAAUGGAAUUCCAUGGAAAAGAAAAAUAUGAAGAGCAUGUGAAACAGGCUUUUCAAAAUGCAAAAAGAGGAGAAAAAUUAAAACUUGAAAAACUGUAUAAAGAGUACCCAAAUCGACAGGCAGCUUGGCUAAUUGCCAUACAUCAAGCAGAAGAAGCAAUGACUAUGCCAUUAAGUGAACGGACGGAAAAAUUUACGUGUGUUCGCACACCAGAAAAGACUAAAAAACAAAAUUUUAAUGGUAAUAAUAAUAAACUUGUAAAUUCUCCAAAAGGAAAACCGAAGGAAAGAAUACAGAAAAGAAAACGAAAGUCUUCUGAACAUGUGAAAACCUCUGUGGAAGAAAAAUCUUCAGAACACAUAGCAGCAUCUCCAGCAGCGAGACCGAGGUCAAAACGACGACGGGUUGACGAAAGCUCCCAUAAAGACAAGAAAAGUGAGGGAUCCUUUGACGUCUUUUGCAGCAAACACAGAGACAGCAUGAUGGCUGAUCAUCCGGAAUUUGAUGAAACUACGCUAGAUGAAUGUCUGCAACAGCAAUGGCUGAUGAUGAGUCAGAAACAAAAGUCAAGAUACAAAUCCAAACUCCAAGAUUCUUCAGAAACAUCUAAAGAGCCUGAAAUUCAAAAUGUGGUAGACAAAAUUGAAUUCGAAGAUGAAGAUGAGGAUACAGAAAAGGAAACAAAAUUGACAGGAAAGUUACGAUUGAAGAGACAGAAGUCAGUGAGUGAUGAAAGUUCAUCUGAUAAUCAGGAAGAAGAAAAAAUCUCCAGUUACAAAAGUCAGAAGUAUCUCUGCCAGAUGUGUGAGGAUGCUGGGGACCUGAUAGAAUGUGAAGGAGAUUGUCAUCAUUAUUUCCACAAAUCUUGUGUGGGAAAGAAUGUGGAGGAACCAUUUAAGUGCGAUGAGUGCAAAUCAGGACAUCACACAUGUUUUGCAUGCAAGGAGAAAGAUGAAACUACGAAGAAAUGUUCUGUGCAUUUGUGUGGAAAGUUUUAUCAUGAAGACUGCAUAAAUAAAUUAAUGCAUUUAAAAUCUGAUGCUAACCGAAGUUUCGUUUGCCCACAUCAUCAGUGUGCCACAUGUUCCAUAGAAAGCUCCAAGAAAACCAAGGCUAGUAAAGGUCGCCUCGUCCGAUGUGUUCGAUGCCCAACCGCCUAUCAUACUGGUGAUUUCUGUAUCGCUGCUGGGAGUGAAAACCUUCCGGGACAUAACAUUGUCUGCAGUAAACAUUUCCAACCAAAUCGUACCCAGAAAUACCACAACCAUAUAAAUGUCAGCUGGUGCUUUGUGUGCAAUCUAGGUGGAUCUCUGAUUUGCUGUGACAACUGCCCAGCUUCAUUCCAUGCAGAAUGUUUGAAUAUCAAUCCCCCUGAGGGCAACUGGUACUGCAAUGACUGCUCUACUGGGAAGCAACUCUUGUACGGGGACAUUGUGUGGGUCAAACUCGGAAGUUACAGAUGGUGGCCCUCAGAAGUAUGCCAUCCCAAGCGUGUACCUCACAAUAUUCAGGAGAAGACGCACCAGGUGGGGGAAUUCCCCGUGCACUUCUUUGGAACCAAUGACUAUUUCUGGAUCCACAAAGGAAGAGCUUUUGGAUUUCAAGAUGGUGAUAAAUAUAGUAGAGAGACUACAAGAAACAAGAAUUUAGCAAAAAUAUUUGCAAGAGGUGUGCAGGAGGCGACAGAAGCUUUCCAAGCAUUGAAGGCACUGCGCGCAGACAAAGAAAAGCUGCUGAUUGAGAGGAGUGAGAAGAAACCAGCUCCAUUUAAAUUUAUCAAGAAUAACAUUCCAGUAGGAAGUGUUCAAAUUCCCAAACCCGACUUGACUAGUAUCCCUCGUUGUGAGUGUGAUCCUCAUCAUGAGGCCCCCUGCAGUAGUGACACAGAUUGCUUAAAUCGUAUGCUGAUGUACGAGUGUCAUCCAAGCGUUUGUCAGUGUGGAGAGAAGUGUUGCAAUCAAAGAUUUCAGAGACGAGAAUAUCCUGACUGUACACCAUUCAAAACAACAGGCAGAGGGUGGGGAUUAAGAACCAACGUGGACAUUAAAAAGGGACAGUUUGUACAUGAGUAUGUUGGAGAGCUUAUUGAUGAAGAUGAAGUCAAGAGAAGAAUAGAUGAAUCACAUGAAAAUAAUAUUAGCAACUACUACAUGCUUACUUUGGACAAAAACAGAGUCAUUGAUGCUGGGCCAAAGGGAAAUCUCUCAAGAUUCAUGAACCACAGUUGUGCUCCAAACUGCGAGACCCAGAAAUGGACAGCAAAUGGAGAUGUACGAGUUGGAUUAUUUGCAGUUUGUGAUAUCCCUGCAGGAACUGAAUUAACAUUCAACUAUAAUUUGGAGUGCUUAGGGAAUGACAAAACUAAAUGCAACUGUGGAGCCGAGCUGUGCAGUGGAUUCUUGGGUGUCAGACCCAAGUCUGCAGUGGCUGCUUCAGUGGCAAAAAGUAAGAAAAAGGAUGAGAAAAAGAAAAAGAGGAGAAAUAAAAAGAAACUUGAUGGAAAGAAAGAACAUGAAGAUGAAUGUUUCCGAUGUGGAGAAGGUGGAGAGUUAGUGAUGUGUGACCGCGGAGGCUGUCCCAAAGUAUACCACCUGCAUUGUCUGAAACUGUCCAAGCCUCCACAUGGUAAAUGGGACUGUCCAUGGCAUCACUGUGAUGAAUGUGGAAAACCAGCAGUGACGAUGUGUGGAGAAUGUCCCAAUUCCUUCUGUACAGCUCACACUGAGGGUCACAUCAGAGACAUAGAUGGCACCUCUGUUUGUACUGAACAUGAUCAGGAUGAGCUCGUAUCGUCAAGUUGUGCAUCGUCUGACACUCAGUCUGAUGAGGGAGGAGAGGACAGCAAUGGCCAGGCGAGGACUAAAGCCAUACUGAAGGAAAACCUCGUCAAAAAACGCAACCUCAACACCAAGUCUGAAGAGGAGCAGGGACCCAGUGCUGGCAAGAAGCCUCGCAAACAGAGUGGGGGAGAUUCAAAGAAGGGGGAGGGUAAAAGAAUGAAGUCUGCUGGGAAUCCUCUAGCGGUGGCCCCGAUGUUUGACGAUAGUGAUGAGGGAUCAGAUGAUUUGGUCAUUGAUAUUCCAGCUGUUCCAUUGUGAAGCACAUUUUUCAAUAUAUAUUUUAUUUUUAUCUUUACUGUGUUUGAACUUUAACAUGCUAUUGAACAUUGUAGAUACAUUCAGGAUACAUUUUUAUUAUCAAGCUUAUUUCUUAGAUUGGAUUGAUUUCUUUGGGGGUCGUACAUUUCAUAUAGCUUUUUUAUGAAUAUUUUUUUUGUACAUGCACGGUACAUUAUUUAUAAGUAAUCGGCAUGAUGUCAUAGACCUUACGUAAAUGUUUUUGAAAAUAACAUUUGAUAUCAUAUUGAGAAUAUGCUGUAUAUACAUGCAUGUGUGAAAGAUUUAAUAGAUUAUCCCAAUUUUAAUUGUGGCCGAAUGCAUCCCUAAGACACUCAAGAGUGUUUUGCUAGAUCUGUUUCUGCAUAUUCUAAAAUUGAAUGCAUCUAUAAAUGAAUUUGUAUUGUAUAAUCUUCAUACCUAAAUACAAUGUCUGGUAAGUUGAUAAAUACAUGACUGAUUGGUUUUAAUCAAUGUUUGCCCACAUUUUAAUGUUGGCUUGCUGCAUAUACAUGUAUAGUGUUGGGUUAGAAAUGGACUCUGAUCAUUUUCUGUGGACUGGCAGCUUAUACUGUACCUAACACAUUGCAGAGGUUACAAACUUUGGCAUGGAUAAGUGCAGAUCUAUUUUAAUAACCAUUUUAUGACACGAAAGUAUAUUAAAAAUGUUUUAAUCUCUCCUUUUGUGUGUGUGCGUGUAGAACUAUCGAUCAUUAUUCAUGUAUAUAAAUUUGAGCAGACAUCUCCUUCGUAGAAAAUCAGUACACUGAAAAUUGUGAACAUCUAAAAAGAAUGGAUACCGUUAACAUUAGUACAUAGGAGAAACUUAAUAGUAAAUUGUAGGUAAAGUGUAUCAAUGUUUUAUUUAUUAUGUACAUUGUGUGUAUGUAAAAUAAAAUUUCUCACACUCA